UAAUUGAAUUUAGUAACUAUCAUGAGCGAGAGAAGAAUUCAAAGCCAAAUAAGGACUUACCUUCAAACAUCUAUAAAUAACAGAAGAACAAAGCUCGGAAGUCUGGAUGAGUCCAAUGCCAGGUCUAUAAUCUUACCCAAAAGUCGUAAGGUAGUUGAAGGCAGGAGAUUCAGUCUUGGCCACAAGAUUAAAAAGUCUAGGAGGAAUGAGGUGCAUCUUGAACUAAUGAAGUAUAAGCAGCUCCAGAUGAAACAAAAAUGGACUGGACGAAAUGUCCAUAUCGGAAGCCUCUUAGGAAUCAUACGAAAUUCUUUUGAUCAAGAUAUGAGCAAAAAGCUUCAAGAAGGCAAAUAAAUUUAUUUAACAAAUUUAGGCUGCAGAAGAAGAAAUCUGAAUCGGUCUAUUGAUUUCUCUGAUGCUUGAAAAAUUCAAAAAGUUCAGACUCCUCCAAGCUCCAAUUCGAACCAAAUCAAAGACUACAUGUAUCAGAGCCAGUUUGAUACUUUUAAGGAUUGUGAACGCAUUUUGGUGAGCACGCCAAAUUCCCCACAAAAUAAGCUUCCAGAAUUUGAUUGAGCUAGGAGGACAAUGAAGUCUAACUUCAGGAAGGAGACCCUCCUCCCAAUUGCAGAGGGCUCAUGUAAAAUUCAAUCUCCGAAGAUUAAUAGCAUAAUAAGUGAAGAAUCCUCCCAGACAACCGGAUCUUUUAAGAAGUCUGUGAACUUGAUCGAGAAGAAAGAGGUCAAGAAGCGUAAAAGAGCGAAUCGUAGACGCCUAGACUUAUCCCGUCCUGAGGAUUUUAGGUUUCAUUAUAAAGAGAUCAUUGAGAAGAAAGAUGAAGUAAACAAGAGCUUACAAAAUUGUCAUGAUAAGAUCAUUCAUAAGCUCAAGAAUACACUCUCUCCAGACUCUAUUUGGAGGCUACGUCAUAAGCUCUCAGAGAUAAUUGAUGACACCAAUAUGAGUAUUCUGCUAAAUAGAAAGAAAAAGAAGUGAAGAAGGAAGAAGUUCGGAAUUGAAGGGAUUUAAAACAACAGAUAAUUAUUAAUUUGUGAAAUAAGUUAAAAUGCAUU